AUGGCGAUCCUGACGAGCCGAGCAGCUCUGGAAGACCCCGAGUCGGACACGCAAAGCGGCUCGCUGCUGCACUUCCACCAAAGGCUUGGGCAUCUCGCGUACGACACCGUCGAGCGUAUGGCGAGAGACUUCGCGUCCGGAAUUGUGCUAACGGAUCGCAAGCGCCCGACGUGCAUCUCUUGCGCACAGGGCAAGCAAACAAUGAACCUGCAGUCGAAGACGGAAACUGGAUCAAACUCGCCGAUCGACAGAGUUGGCGGGGACAAGGCGGCCAAGAAGUUUGAGCACUUCCUCGCGUUCUUUAAGCGCCAGUUCGACUGCCGGAUCCACGUGCUACGCACUGAUGGCGGCGGCGAUUACGCGAAUGUCGACCUCUACUGCAAGCGAACGGGCGUCGCGCGGCAGAUCAGCGAGGCGAGGAAUCAGGCGUCAAACGGCAAAGCCGAGCGCAUGCACAGGACGAUCCUCAACAUGGCGCGCAGCAUGAUCUUUGCCAGCCGACUGCCAUUGACGUUUUGGGGCGAUGCGGUUGAGUACGCGGCGUACAUCCUCAACCGCAGCCCAACGAGCGCCAAUGCGAAGCGCGCGUCACCGAUCGAGGUAAUAACGAAACAAGAGCCGAAUCUGCGCGACAUCGUCGCCUUUGGCUCUAUCUGCUCGGUCUACCGGGACCCAGGCAAGAACUCGCUUGCGCAGCGCACAUAA